AACAUCAUAGUAGUAGUAACAGUAAAUAAAUAUAUAUAUAAGCUAGUUUAAAUACGAAUUGAAUUAACAUUCAGUAAACACAUUAUUCUUCUUUGAUAAAGAGAAAAGAAAUAUUAUGUCAUUAGUUUUAGAAUAGAAAAAAAAACAUACACACACACACACAUACACAAAUCAUGCAAUCUAAUGAAUCAUCAGAGUUAAAUUCAUCUUCAACAAAUAAUAACCGUCGAAGAAGACGCCCAAGAAAUAGAAGAAACAAAAAACACAACCGAAAUGGAGUUUUUGAAAGAGAUCGAAAUGAACAGAGAGGGAAAAAAGAUGUGCAAAAGCAUGUAAAACCUAAAGAACAGAAUUUAAGUCUUACCGAGUCUUUAAGUGAAGCGCAUGCAUUAGAGAAACAGCUUGCUGAACUUCAGACACAGUUGAAAAUUAAUUAUUCAAAUGUUCCUAGUAAAGAACAGGGUCGUGUUGCAAGUGCCAUUGCUGCUGAACAAAUAGCAGCAACAGAAGAAGAAAUUAAUUAUGUUCGUAAUAGUCUUAGAAAAACAUAUCGUCAUAUCAUUUCUAUUGAUUUGAUAUAUGCUAUUACUCAUCAUAUUGAAGAUAAAUUAUGGAGAUAUAUAUUUUAUGCAAGAAUCGAAGAUAUUCGUAGCAAAUUACGUAAACUCAAUCCUGAAGAUGCUGAGAAAUAUAAAAUGUUACAAAAGACUCUUUCUCAUCGUAUUGAUAGUGCUUUCAAAUUCUAUAGAGACCUUAACAACACGAUUAAAGCUGAUUAUCAUAUUGACACAAAGGCAUUAGGUAUAGACCUUUUCCUUCAAAAGGCUACUAUAGAAGAAAAGUUGGCCAUUUUACUUCAGUCGAAUUAUAUAUGUAUGGGAGAUUUGGCACGUUACCAUGCCCAGCAGGCUAUACUAUCAAAGAAUACAAAAAAGAUAUCCGAUUUUUGGUCCUUGGCAAAGACAUGUUAUUUGAAAGCAAUCGAUGUUUAUCGAAAGACAGGGAAACCUUAUUCCCAAUUAGCUCUUGUAUCGAUAUCAAAUGGGAAUGCAAUGGAGAUAGUUUGGUAUUAUUGUAUGAGUUUAGCUGUUAAAUAUCCAUCUAGCGUAGGGAGAGAUAAUCUAAAAUCAUUUUAUUCCAAGAUUCGGUUUAAUUCUAAACAGCAAAAAGCAGAUACAGUAACGGAAAUGGUAUCAGCCUUUGUUGAAUCAUUCCUUCAUAUGCAUCGUACUGUUAUGUUUAGUCAAAAGGAGACUGAAGAGUUUGGAACUAUGCUGCCUAUAGUAAAUGACUUGGGUAAUGCCUUCUCUUCACUUAUUCUUAACACUAGUUUAGAAAAAGAAGAGGAAGCCAUAUUAUCCAAAUCAACUAUGUCCACUUUACAUAUUAUACGUACUACUAUAACUCGUACUAUUACAAUUUUGAUGAUUUCUACAUGGAUUGCAAAUGAUCGCUUAAAAGAUAAGGCCAAUUAUAAUAUACGACCUAUUAUUUUAGCAUCACAGAUCCAUAUGUAUAUCUUUGCCUUUCAACUUCUCACAACCAUCUGUCGAUCUUCACAACAAGCUCUAGAUGAAGUUAAAUCUAAACUAAAUGCUGAAAAAUAUAAAAAAUUGGAAAGUUUGGUCGAAGAAACAAUAUUACCCGGUCUCAGUAUUUGGUCCACUUAUUUAUAUACAAAUAUUGUAACUAUAGCUCAAUGGUGUAUGACAGCAGCUACUGACACUAGAAAUCGAGAGCCAGAAAAGAAAACACUUGUUAAGUCUAUUCAAUCUUUAUUGUCGCUAUUAAUCAAUCAUCCUUCUUUCCUUGACCCCGUUGUUAAUAUACUUCCUGCUACUUAUCCUUUAUCUGAAGAUUUAACUCUCCUUGGCGUUCUUGCCCUUUCCCCUUUUCAUUCUCAAGUAGAUUUCUUUAAGGAAAAUGUAUAUGAGGUUUUAAAUGAUAAUAGUCCCGAGGCGAGAAAACAAGUUCGAUGGGGAAGAAUAAGACUCUUCAUCAAGAAGCUUGCUGAUUCAUCGUCUUUUAAUUUUAUUCAAUAUAAUCAAAGCGAACAAAACUAUAGUGUGAUUGAUGAGAAUGCUAAACGUCAACAACAAAAUCGUUUCAUGAAGGCCUUGGCUACUCAACGAUUAAUAGAACAGGUGUCCUCACUUGAAAGGAAUGUUAAUCGUAUUUCACUUGGCAACAAACGUAAUCAUCCUAUUGAUUUAGAAAAUGAGAAAGAUGAAAUGAACAAGAAACGUAAUGUAUAUACGUGUGUAAUUGACGUAACUUCCUUUUUGGAUGGUUUGAGUAAAGUCAAGAAGUGGGCCAAUCAAACAUUAAAUGUGGAUCGUCGUAGCCAGACUAGUAUUUUAGAAGUUGUUGUACCUUUAGAUGUCAUCGAUGCUUUGGAUAAUCAUAAAAAGGGCUCAUCUCAUAUGAAUAUGCAAGCCAGAGAAUCUAUUCGUUUCUUGGAUCAGAAAUUAUUAGAAAAUAGCAAGAACAAAUCGGAUGCUAUACCUACCACAUCAUUCCUUAGAACACAAAAGGUAACUGAAAAGUUAAAUAAUUGGAGUGAAGCAGAGGCUUUUUGGAUUGGUGAAGAGAGUCGAUCGAAUAUAGUAGAUGUACUCUUAUCUGAAGGUGAAGAGGAGGAAAAAGAUACUGAUCCUGAUGCAGAAACUGAGUCAGACAUGGAGUCCAUUAGCUCUGAUGAAGAUCUGUUUAAAUCAAGAAGAAGAGAUGAGGAUGAAAGUAGUGAAUAUGAAGAAUCUGAAUAUGAUGAUAGUGAAAUAGAAGAAAAUGAAAUAGCAAGUGACGAAGAAGCAAAUGCAGAAGAAUAUAAUUAUGAAGAUUUUGCGGAAGAAGAAAUUCCUUAUACAUUGAAUGAUGUACCAAAGUCAUAUCGACCUAUCCUUAGCUGCUUACUUUAUUAUUACAGCAAACAACAAGAGAUAAAGGAUGAUGAACCAAGUCAUCUUGUAUUAGUAACAAAUGAUGAGGAUUUAGCUUGGUGGGCAGAAUUAUUUGGCAAUCCUAAAACUCGAAAACGCUUAAUGAUUAAAACAGUAAAUGAAUGGGAUCAAAUGGUCAAUAAUUGGAGUUAUGAUUAAGUGAAAGUAUUCCUGUAAACAUAUUAAAAAAGUAAAUAAAUAAUUCUUUUUUUUUUCCUUUCA